GACAAUGACACGUACUUUGACUCGGAAGAAGGCGCAGGCCAUCACACGCCCACCCCUCAGCAUCUCCUCCCUUCCCACCACCCUUCUGCGCUGCCUUAUCCACCCACGACUGCCAACCCUCAGGUCCUCUCCAACGCACUCUCUUCUUCCACGGGCCAGUUUGGUUCCCAGUCGAACUAUGCCUCCAGCAACAGUAACAGCAAUACUACGAAUGCUGGUGGUGUAGCGAGGCCAGUUCAGGCGCAUAUUGUUCGUUUCCCAACCAUCUUUUCCUCCGACUUUGGACCCACGUCGCUCUUGUGUGCGUUGCCCGUGUCCGGCUCUGGUGGCGCCCCUGCAUUCUCAUUCGAGGCCCCCUCCCCUCCAGACUUGGGGAACGGCUACCAGAGCUUUUCAGCUCUCGUCCCGAACGCUGAGAGGUCGAUCACGACGCAAGGCAUCUAUGGCCCCUCCGGCCCACCGGCAGGCAUGGGAUAUCAAACGGGUGCGACUCACACGACGAGGAUGGUCAACAAUGGUGGGUCCAAUGCCGCCACGUUUUCUGCGGCCGGCAUGAAUGGUAUUGGCGUCGGCAUGCAGCACGCGAGCACACCAUUCGACUUUGGCGUCCCACGCCCCACGUUCGAGUUCCCUAUUGAAGAAAUCCUCAAGAGUGAUAUGGGGGAUGACGAGCUUGGUAGUGCUGGUGGUGCGCUUGGAGAGAAUGCGGCUGGUGCGAGCGAGAUUACGCCUUGGGAUGCGAAUAACGUCAACAUGAACCUCAACCUCGCUGCGGGUGUCGAUGGCAUGUUUGGCUUGGGAGGUUUGGGAGCUACGGGCCAUUGGGGUGUACCACCCUCUGAGAUUCACAACCCGAGUGGCUCUGCCGCUUCUGCUAAUUCGACUACGCCUACGAGCCCGACCAAGCGAGGCUUCCAUGGUUCGGUGGGUGCGACCCCUGUCCUCUCUCGCCAAAAUUCGACCCCUGCUACCGUCGCGUAUGGUACUCUUGUCUCACCUGCCAAUGCGGUCGGUGGAAACGCUGGUAACAAGGAUGGAGUCAGCGCUGGUCAGAUGCAAACCAUCCAAGUGAACGCAAAGGCCAACAAUACUAGCCCUGCAAGUGUACAUUCCAACAUCUCCAACUCUAUGGGUGCCAAAGGCGAGUCUGCUUAUGAUGGUUCAGUAGCCUCUCAGACGUCUCCAGCCACUCCGUCUACCGGCGGUGGUUCUGUUGCUGGUUCCAGUGGAAGCAACGCCGGCAGUGUGGUUCCUGGCAAUGUCGGCAACACGGCACCCGGUGGAGUGAAGAGCGAAUGUGCAAACUGUGGUGCGACCCAUACUCCCCUCUGGAGAAGAGGCUUGAAUGAUGAGCUCAAUUGCAACGCGUGUGGAUUGUACUGCAAGCUGAGCUCCUUUGGUCUGGAUUGUGCUGGCGCGCUAGCUAGUGUUUUCGGUAUUGUGUGGCCAAAGCGAUCGGAAACUGUUCUGAUUGGCUAG